AAAUUGUGGCGGUUCUCGUUCUAUUUCUAGGGUUUUAAAACUCUUAUCUCUUAUUUCAAUUUAUGAUCGAUAUCUCUGCCAAUCUACGACUACGAGGAUUUACUCAUUUGCUUAUUUAAGAUCCUCUUCGUUUCAAGUUGCAGAGAUUGAAACGUCGACAAAGAAGGUUAUAACAAGGAAGGGUUCAUCGAUCGGAUAUUUAAGUUAGAAAAAAGGGCUGAAAAAAGUUUGCUUCCUGAAAUCUACUGUAUCUUUAUGUUCUUCUGGGGAUAACGAGCCUCGGUUGUUAGAAGAUUCGGUCGCAGAUCUUGAUCUAACAUUGCGGUUCUUUUUUCAUAUCUUUCUUCAGCGAGGGGGAAGUUAUUGGGAAGCGCAAUGGCGAUUAAUCUGACGGAUGGUGCCAUAGCCAUGCUUUCUAAUGGGGAGGCGCAAGGAGCUGACUUGAAACCCAUUCUUCAAGUUGUCGAUAUUAGGUUAGUGAACACCCAGCAGCAAAGCAACAACGAGCGGUACCGGAUACUGCUCUCGGAUGCGACGCAUCUGCAGCAAGGAAUGCUUGCAACCCAGAUGAAUAGUUUGGUUAAAUCGGGGAAACUGCAGAAAGGCUCGGUCGUUCGGCUUACCCAGUUUGUCUGCAAUGUAAUACAGGGCCGAAUGAUAAUUAUUAUAAUUGAGUUGGAGGUGAUACUGGAAAAGUGUGAUCCUAUUGGAGAACCAAAGCAAUAUGUGCAAGGUGGUGCUGCUAGUGGUGCUUCUCAGGGAGUAAGACCUUCCAUGCCCAUACAAUCAUCUGUGAAUCAAACUGGGACAGCAACUGGAAAUCCUCAAUCUUAUGUUGGCACUUCACUUCCUGGUGGUCAAACUGGUGGACAAAAUGUUUCUGGUGGACCUCCUCUGCAUCAUUCUAAGACAGAUCCUGUUGCAAAUCCUCAAUCUUAUAAUAGUUCAUUUGCUGGAAAUCCUGACUCAGGACGAUAUACUGUGAAUAAUGGACCUCCUGUAUAUCCUAAAACCGAACCAAGUGGCAAUAUUCCAGCAUCAGGACCAUUACCCAUAAGUUACAGUGAUCAGAAUCAGGGUUUUCACAAUCCAAGAACAGAUGGAUCACGUGCUUCUUCAAAUACUUGUGCACGCCCAAUGCAAUCUUCAUAUCAGCAACCACCCCCAAUGUACGUGAACAGGGGGCCUGUAGCUAAAAAUGAAGCACCGGCCAGGAUCAUCCCCAUUGCAGCUCUAAAUCCCUACCAGGGUAGGUGGACAAUCAAAGCCAGGGUGACAGCAAAGGGGGAACUGAGACACUAUAACAACCCUCGGGGUGAUGGAAAGGUAUUCUCUUUUGAUCUUCUUGACUCUCAUGGUGGAGAGAUACGGGUGACCUGCUUCAAUGCAGUGGCUGACCAGUUCUACAACCAAAUUGAGGUAGGAAGAGUAUAUUUGAUAUCCAAGGGGAGUUUGAAACCAGCUCAAAAGAACUUUAAUCAUCUUAAUAAUGAUCAUGAGAUUCUUUUAGAGAGCACUUCAACAGUACAGCUUUGCAUGGAAGAUGACAGCUCCAUACCCCGGCAGCAGUUUAAUUUUCGCCCUAUAAGUGAAGUGGAAGGCAUGGAGAAUAAUUCAUAUGUGGAUGUGAUUGGUAUUGUUUCAUCCAUUAAUCCCUCUGGUUCAAUAAUGAGGAAAAAUGGAACUGAAACUCAGAAGAGAACACUCCAGUUGAAGGACAUGUCUGGCCGAAGUGUUGAGUUGACUCUAUGGGGAAAUUUCUGCAAUGCUGAAGGACAAAGGAUGCAAGAAAUAUGUGAUUCAGGAAUUUUUCCUGUUUUGGCUGUAAAAACUGGUAGAGUAAGUGAUUUUAAUGGGAAAGCAGUGGGGACAAUCUCUUCAAGCCAGCUGUUCAUAAAUCCAGAUUUCCCAGAGGCCCACAGGUUAAGACAGUGGUUUGACAAUGAAGGAAUGAACACUCCUUCUGUCUCUAUUUCCAGGGAAACAUCAGGUAUUGGAAAGACUGAUGUCCGCAAGACUGUCUCGCAAAUCAAAGAUGAGAAGCUUGGAACAUCUGAGAAGCCAGAUUGGGUUACUGUUAAUGCUACAGUUUCAUUCAUAAAGGUUGAUAAUUUCUGUUACACAGCCUGUCCCAUCAUGAUUGGGGAUCGUCCAUGCAACAAAAAGGUCAUUAAUAAUGGAGAUGGGAAAUGGCGGUGUGACAGGUGUGAUCAGUCUGUCGAUGAUUGUGAGUACAGAUACCUUAUACAGUUCCAGAUACAGGACCAUACAGGUUUAACUUGGGUAACUGCAUUCCAAGAAUGUGGUGAGGAAAUGAUGGGUAUUUCAGCAAGAGACCUGUAUUAUUUGAAAUAUGAAGAACAAGAUGAUGAGAAAUUUGCCAAAAUUAUACGGAAGGUUCUGUUUACUCGGUAUUUAUUCAAGUUGAAGGUAAAGGAGGAGACUUUCAGUGAUGAACAACGUUUAAAAGUAACAGUGAUCAAAGCCGAGAGGGUGGAUCCCUCAGCUGAGUCAAGAUUUCUUUUGGAUAUGAUAACUAAACUUAAAGGUGAAGGUCCUAGUGCUCUGCCCCAAAGAGCAGCUGUCAUUCCAGACUCGGGAAUAACCAACAUUGGAUACGGGAAUAUUGGAUCAAGACCUAUUGCUCCUGCAGCAAACAACACAUGGAGUAGCAACAAUGCUGGUAGGGGCAUAGGUGCACAGUCUAAUCAAGUGGGACAGUAUGGAAACCAAUAUGGUAGUGCAAGGGUGCCUGUGGCUGGGUCUAUGGGUGGGUAUCUUAGCUGUAACAGCUGUGGUGGUACAGGGCAUAAUUCCAACAAUUGCCCCAGUAUCAUGACUGGACAGGGACAACACAUGGGCGGGGGUUUUGUUAAUAGAGUUCCUCCUGGAGCAGGUGGUGGCAGCUCUUCAGAGUGCUUCAAAUGCCACCAAUUUGGGCACUGGGCGAGAGACUGUCCUGGAUCAAGCGGUGUAACAUCAACAUAUGUAAGUACUGGUGUUGCUGGGCGAUAUGAUGGUGGUGGUUUUAAGCAACAAGUUGGGGGCUUUUGAAUUUUGAGUCUGUAGACUCAAGUUUGUAAAAAACUAGUCACGCCGCAUCUAUGUUGAGGCGUCCUCUUUUUCAACGAAAUGCAACAGUCAGGUCUUGUGCUUAUGGUAUUUUUUGUACAGUGAUCGCAAGAUCUGUAUAACCUAAUUCUCAAUUUCAGACUCUUUGCUCACUCAGCCCGCUCUCUAGCGGUUCUCUGAGGCCAUUUUGCCAAGGUGCAUGGUA